AUGACUGAGGCUGAGUACCAAUUCACUCACACGACAAAACGUCGCCCUUCGGUGUUUGAUGCGCAAGGUAAACCUGGACUUUACCUCCCCUCAGACUUUAUCAAGACCGCUGUAUCUCCUCCUGGUCAAACCUUGGAAAACGAAGAAUAUAUUAACCACGAUGAAACCAGUCCGCUCAUUCCCAAACAUGUAUCUCGUUCCAGUGUCAGUCACGAAAUAAUAUCACAAGAACGUGAUAUUCUUCACGCUAACCACAUCCCACUAGUUGAUUCUGAUGACGAUGAUCAGAUUGCUCGUGCAUUUGCAUCUUCAGUAUCGCACCAUCGUAUUUCCACAACGACAUGGAGUGAAGAACUCAAAGUGCUUAUACGGCUCUCGAUCCCCACAGUCUCCACAUUUCUUCUUGAAAUGUCCUUUUCCACAGUUUCAGUUUUCGCAGUAGGCCACAUUGGGGCCAUUGAAUUAGCAGCAGUGACCAUGGGGUCGAUGACAGCAAACAUUACUGCUUAUGCUAUUAUCCAAGGCAUGGCCACGGCAUUGGAUACUUUAUGUCCACAAGCUUUUGGAGCUAGAAAGUAUCAUCUUGUAGGAGAAUAUUUUCAACAAGGUUUGGCACUCAUAAUGUGUGUAAUGCUUCCGGUAUUGUUUUGUUGGGUCUUUUUUGGGUAUGAGAUCAUUGCGCGUGUUGUACCCGAUCACAAGACAGCUGAACUAGCUGCGGUCUAUCUACGGUAUGUGGCCUUUGGUGUCCCAGCAUAUAUCAUGUUUGAAUGCGGGAAACGGUUUUUACAAGCUCAAGAAAUAUACGAUGUUGCUGCAUAUGUGCUUUGCGUUGCUGCACCAACAAACUUGGUAAUGAAUCUUGGCCUAGUCAGAGCUAUUGGGUAUAUUGGUGCACCCAUUGCGGUGGCUAUAAACUAUUGGUUAAUGACGUUGAUGUUAUUUAUAGCCACAGUGUAUUUUAUAAAGCCCGAAUCCACACCUCAAGGCUUCCACCCAUUGCAAUGUUGGGAUGGGUGGAAUAUCAAAAAUGCGUUUUCCGGAUGGAAGAAACUUUUGGAGCUUGCUAUACCUGGUUUAAUAAUGCUUGAAGCUGAGUUUUUAGCAUUUGAAAUCUUGACAUUAUUGGCAUCGCAUAUUUCAACAAUUGCACUUGCAGCGCAAUCUAUUGCCACAACAAUUGCGGCAUUGACGUAUCAAGUGCCAUUUGCAAUAGGUAUUGCUUCAUCAACAAGAAUUGCCAAUUAUCUUGGAGCUGGAUUGGGCCAGUCUGCAAAAGUUGCAACCCAAGUAUCUUUAUGUUUGGGUGUUGCAGCAUCUUUGAUCAACCUUUUUGUAUUAGUAAUCUUUAAAACUCAAAUUGCAAAUGCAUUCACAAAUGACAAAGAAGUGGUUAAUACUUUAUUGGGAAUAGUGGGGUUAAUUGCAACGAUGCAAAUUGCUGAUGCGCUAAAUGCCAAUUCUGCAGGUUGUUUACGUGGACAGGGACAGACCAAGAUUGGUGGUAUUGUUAAUUUGGUGAGUUAUUACUUUGUAGGUCUCCCACUCUCGGUGUACAUAACUUUUUAUUCACCAUGGAAAGGGUCAUUGGACGGCUUAUGGAUAGGUGCGAUUGCUGCGUUGGCACUUAUCGGAGUUGUACAGAGUUACUAUGCACUCGCAGCAAACUUUGAAUCGUUAUGCGAGCAAGCAAGAAAACGAACCAAUGGAUCUAGUGUUUGA